AUGGACAUGGAUUUUCAUCUUCCACCACGACUUGUACAUCAGGUUCUACUGACAGAUCCAUCGGAGCUCGAAUCCCUUGCCCCAGGUCUCAAGUCCAGAACAACCACAUUCUCAGAAUUUCAAGAGAACCUCUCACAGGACAACUCCAAUCCUGCUCACGUUAUGAAACGAGCCUAUCUGCAAAACGUUCAGAGGCAAAUCGACGAUACUUUGGAUUUACAUCCACUGCACAAUCUACUCUUGGAACUACACAAAGCGAUACGAGCCCUCGUUCCAAAUCGUCCCGACUUGCAUUCCUUCCUGAAGGAUGAUAUUGAACUGCCGGAACCAGAGGACGCCAUCAAGUUUUUACCGUUCAUCAUCAAAGCGGCACAAGCUCUGGCGAAAUUAGAGUCUGAAGCUCGAUCACAAAGUACGAUAGACUGGCUAAAGGUCGCCAAUUCGGAGACUGCACCCACCAAGAAAACGAUAGACUUUAUGAUUGCUUCCAUAUUCUAUCUGAUUGACAAGGCAGAGCUUUGCAGUAAAGACAAACAAGAUUUUUAUUUGACAGAAGUGUUUGCUCCACGAAUUCGAAACACUCAGGAAGGUCUAUCUAUGGAACGGAAAACAUUUUAUUCGAAGUUUGGCAAAGAUCAAGUCCCACCCAUCACUAAGAAAUGGGUACAGGGUCUAGUGGACUCUUCCACUGCUGAUGUUUCUAUCGAAGACUUGCAAAAUAGCUCCAAACAUCGUCGGGAUCUGAUAAAACGUGGAUGGAUCGACGAUAUUUUGUUUCAACGAGAAAAGGAAGUGAUACUUCCAGAAGUCUUCUUUAUGGACCUCCAACACUUGCAAGCCAUUCGGAACACUACACGGAUUGCCGCUGCCGGAUGUGCGCUAGGUUAUUUUGCUUGUAUUGCAGCUAAGGUUGAUCCUGAAGUAUUACUACAAGAUGGUGACAAAGGUGUGGCAUUGGUAAAAGUAAUGAACAAUAAGGUGCAUCCGUCGAUCGAAUCCUACGAACAAUCUGUUGAAGAUUGUGUCGUGUCAUUGGCAAAAGAAUGGGCGCCUUUGGGGAAUACCAUCGAUCCGCAAGCUUUGGAGACACUCAAAAACCAGACCAGAAGCGUUUUGAAGGGACAGAGUCCUGUCCUCAAACUGCUAGACAAUCGAAUGCGAGACAUUGUGAGCAACUUGGUGAUUCACGAAUUCGAAAAGGACAUACCGAAACAGUUGCAAACUGGAAUCGGAAGUGUCGAGUCCAAAUCCAAAGAAUCGGUUCUGGUGAUGAAAGGCAAGAAGGUCUUUCAAGAACGAGGAUUGGCUUUUUACGCUGUGGAGUUGGCCCUUGCAACCGAACUAGCUGCGAAGGUAGCCAACUUGGCAUGCGAUUUGUAUAUGGCAGAGAUUUUGGAUCGAUUAAUAUUGGAUAGCCUAGUACAAUAG